ACGAGGACGACGAGGGGGGCGAGGAGGAGGAGGAGGAGGCCGUUAUCUUCAAGUGCUCUGAAGCUGAGAAGUAAUUCGGUAACUAGUAAAAAUGGACAAAGAAGAAAAGAAGACUCUUAAUGAAGGCCAAGAGGAUGAAAUGGAGAUUUAUGGUUACAAUCUGAGUCGGUGGAAGCUGCUCAUAGUUGCAUUUGGGGUGAUCUGUACUGGUGGCUUCCUCCUCCUCCUCCUCUACUGGAUGCCCGAGUGGCGGGUGAAAGCCACCUGCUUCCGAGUGGCCCUCAGAGACUGUGAGGUGGUGCUGCUGAGGACGACGGAUGAAUUCAGGAUAUGGUUUUGUGCAAAAGUUCGCUUUCUUUCUCUAGAAAACCACUCAUUUUCAAGCCCUAAAACAGUAACUAAAAAAGUGUCCAAUGGCCACGCUGCUCAUUUCCAUUUCCCUGAGGAACUGCCUGAAGAGGACCAGCGUGACCUUGCCCAGCCCCGAGAGAUUCCUUACUUUACGCACCACAGUGUGAGGUACUUCUGGAACGACUCCCUCCAGAAUUUUGACGUGUUAAAGGGUCUGGACGAAGGUGUUUCUUGUACUUCAGUUUAUGAACAGCACAGCUUAGGGCUGGCAAAGGAGACGCACGCCUACAGAAAACUGAUGUAUGGAAUGAACGAGAUCGCUGUCAAAGUGCCUUCUGUCCUUAAACUUCUGAUUAAAGAGGUUCUCAAUCCCUUCUACAUUUUCCAGCUGUUCAGUGUGAUUCUGUGGUGCACAGAUGAGUACUACUACUAUGCCCUGGCCAUCGUCAUCAUGUCUGUGCUCUCCAUCAUGAGCUCCUUAUACACCAUCAAGAAGCAAUACGUCAUGUUGCAUGAUAUGGUGGCCGCUCACAGCACUGUGAGAGUGUCUGUCUGCAGAGUUGGUGGAGAAAUAGAAGAGAUUUUUUCCACGGACCUCGUACCUGGAGACAUCAUGGUCAUCCCGAUGAAUGGAACAGUCAUGCCUUGUGAUGCAGUCCUCAUCAGUGGCACUUGUAUUGUAAAUGAGAGCAUGCUUACAGGUGAAAGUGUUCCUGUAACAAAGACUAAUUUGCCAAACCCUUCAGUGGAUGUGAAAGGAAUGGAAGAUGAAAUGUAUAGCCCAGAACAUCACAAACGGCACACUUUGUUUUGUGGGACCACGGUCAUUCAGACUCGCUUCUACACCGGAGAACUUGUGAAAGCCGUCGUGGUCAGGACAGGGUUUAGUACCUCGAAAGGCCAGCUUGUACGUUCCAUCCUGUAUCCCAAGCCAACGGAUUUUAAACUCUACCGAGAUGCCUACAUGUUUCUGCUCUGUCUUGUGGUGGUGGCCGGCAUUGGAUUCAUUUACACCAUUGUCCAUAGCGUCUUGAAUAAGGUGUCAGCCAGUGUUAUCAUCAUAGAAUCUCUGGAUAUCAUCACAAUCACUGUGCCUCCUGCGCUUCCAGCUGCAAUGACUGCUGGGAUUGUGUAUGCACAGAGGAGACUGAAAAAAAUUGGGAUCUUUUGCAUUAGUCCUCAGCGGAUAAACAUCUGUGGACAGCUCAACCUGGUGUGUUUUGACAAGACUGGAACGCUUACUGAAGAUGGCUUAGACCUGUGGGGCAUACAGAGAGUGGAAAACGCACAUUUCCAAAUGCCAGAGGAGAAAGCGUGCAGCGAGAGCCUGGUGAAAUCGCAGUUUGUCGCUUGCAUGGCCACCUGCCAUUCCCUGACAAAAAUUGAAGGUCUGCUUUCUGGUGACCCGCUUGAUUUAAAGAUGUUUGAAGCUAUCGGAUGGAUUCUAGAAGAAGCGACUGAAGAAGAGACUGCGCUUCACAAUCGGAUCAUGCCCACUGUUGUCCGUCCUCCAAAACAGCUUCUUCCUGAGCCCGAACCUGCAGCAAACCAGUCAAUGGAGCUUUUCGAGCUUUCUGCCAACUAUGAGAUAGGAAUUGUUCGGCAGUUUCCAUUUUCUUCUGCCUUGCAACGAAUGAGUGUGGUGGCCCGAAUUCUGGGGGACAAAAAGAUGGACGCAUACAUGAAGGGGGCCCCGGAGGUCAUCGCCAGCCUUUGUAAACCAGAGACAGUUCCCAGUGACUUUGAAAAAGUGUUAGAAGACUACACGAAGCAGGGCUUCCGGGUGAUCGCUCUGGCACACCGAAAACUGGAAUCCAAGCUGGCGUGGCACAAGAUCCAGAAUGUUAAUAGAGAUGCCAUUGAAAGCAACAUGGAUUUUAUGGGAUUAAUUAUAAUGCAAAACAAAUUGAAACAAGAAACCCCUGCUGUACUUGAAGAUUUGCGUAAAGCCAACAUUCGUACGGUCAUGGUCACAGGCGACAAUAUGUUAACUGCUAUCUCCGUGGCCAGAGACUGUGGAAUGAUUCUACCUCAGGAUAAAGUGAUUAUUGCGGAUGGACUACCUCCCAAGGAUGGACAAGUGGCCAAAAUAAAUUGGCAUUAUGCAGACACUCUAACCACAAAAUGCACUAGCUCUCCAGAGAUCGACUCUGAGGAUAUCCCCAUCAAGUUGGCCCACGACAGUUUAGAGGAUCUUCAGAUGGCCCACUAUCAUUUUGCAAUGAACGGAAAGUCAUUUUCUGUGAUACUGGAGCACUUUCAGGACCUGGUGCCCAAGCUGGUGUUGCAUGGUACCGUGUUCGCACGCAUGGCCCCUGAUCAGAAGACGCAGCUGGUCGAAGCAUUGCAGAGUGUGGAUUACUACGUGGGAAUGUGCGGUGACGGUGCCAAUGAUUGUGGGGCCUUGAAGAAGGCCCAUGGAGGCAUAUCCCUGUCUGAGCUCGAGGCUUCCGUGGCAUCCCCCUUCACCUCGAGGACCCCUAGUAUUGCUUGUGUGCCAAACCUCAUUAGGGAAGGCCGGGCGGCUUUGAUAACUUCCUUCUGCGUAUUUAAAUUCAUGGCUUUGUACAGCAUCAUCCAGUAUUGCAGCGUGACUUUGCUGUACUCGAUCCUGAGUAAUUUAGGAGAUUUCCAGUUCCUUUUCAUUGAUCUGGCCAUCAUCUUGGUAGUGGUGUUUACAAUGAGCUUAAAUCCUGCCUGGAAGGAGCUCGUUGCCCAAAGACCACCCUCAGGCCUCAUCUCUGGGGCUCUCCUGUUCUCGGUCCUGUCUCAGAUCAUCAUUUCCAUCGGCUUCCAAUGUUUGGGCUUUUUUUGGGUUAGACAGCAGCCUUGGUAUGAACAUUGGACUCCACAUUCAGAUGCGUGUAACCUGUCCAGGAGCUUCUCUUCCAACUCAUCCCACUCUGGCAAUGAGACUGAACAUGACGAGCACAACAUAAAAAAUUAUGAAAAUACCACCGUGUUUUUUAUCUCCUGCUUCCAGUACCUGAUUGUGGCCAUCGCUUUUUCUAAAGGAAAGCCUUUCAGGCAGCCCUGCUUCAAGAAUGGCUUUUUUGUUGUGUCUGUGAUUAUUUUGUAUAUCUUCAUAUUUUUCAUCAUGUUGCAUCCUGUUGCCUAUAUUGACCAGGUUCUUGAGAUCGUCUGUGUUCCGUAUCAGUGGCGUAUCACGAUGCUCAUCAUCGUUCUCUUCAACGCGCUCGUGUCUGUCUUGGCAGAGAGCUUCCUCCUGGACACGGUCCUUUGGAAGGUUGCGUUCAAUCGAGACAAACAAGGAGAAUAUCGCCUCAGCACCACACAGCCGCCACAGGAGUCAGUGGACCGUUGGGGAAAGUGCUGCAUAUCAUCGGUGCUUGGCUGUAGGAAGAAGCCUCCCAAGGCCAAGUACAUGCAUCUGGCCCAGGAGCUGCUGGUUGACCCCGAGUGGCCUCCAAAGCCCAGCACAACCACAGAAGCCAAAGCCUUAGUCAAGGAGAAUGGAUCCUGUCAAGUCAUCACUGUCACGUAACAGCGACUCUUGAUGGCUUGCCCUCGAGCGGCGUUGGGGGGUGGAGGGGACUUCCUGGCAACAUGUGCGGAACGUAGGCUCCUUGGGGCGAUUCGGUUGGAGCUUUGGUAAAAGUCGGGGGGGUGUUUAAGUCCUGUAUUCUCAGCCAGUGACUUUCAGUCAGGCCUCGUCACGCUCACCGUCCCAUCUUGGAUGCUGAAGUGAUGGGGGGUGCUGCUGUCGGUGGGGAGGCGGGGCGUGGGGGUUUGUGCUGUUACCGAGGCUGCUGGCCCGCUCCUGACUCAGUGGGGCCUCUUGCAGAGUCGUGUCCAUUUAAACCUCGGCCACGUAGGAGGUGCCUCUACUUUGUUGCUCCUCACAGCUGUUAGGUCGAUCUGGCCUCUGGCCGCGGCAGCAGCUGCCUCCAUGCUUCCCCUCCCUGGCCCGCUUGAGCGAGCGUUUGGUGUCAGUGACGCUUCGUUCUGCAUCUUUCCUUCCUGUCUACCUAUCUGUCAAAGGAUGAGACAAUGAGGACCUGAGACAAUUUGGUCCUGAUCUUUUUGAUAUUAAAUCUCAGACUUGCAAGGUUUGCCCCAAUGGGUGAGGGGCUAAAAGCUCACCUGACCCGGCAGUUCUUGUAGCCACGUGCUUGGCAGCUGGCAUGAUGUGGCCAUGAGGUGGCAGCAGUGGUCACGAAGGAUGAAAGGGCUGGUGUGAGAGAAGGUGAUCCCCCAGACCGGUUCUGAGCCCAAGGAGCUCAGCUCCUAGGGAGCAGAAGACGUGCUUGAUGGAGCGUGUCGAUGGCCCUGGAUGGGGCAGGUGAGGUCAGCUGUGAAUCUGGUGCAUGUGUGGCUCUCCACCUCGUGAGGUCCCUCUUCUCCCUGGGACAGCAGAACCAGAUGUUCUCGUUCCAACCUCUCCUUCCGGUGACGUUGAUGAAGGAGAGAAGGUGGCCGGGGCCACCUGGGCCCACUGUUGCUGAUGUGGCCACUGAUGAGUUUUCCGUAGGAGAGAUAAUGGAAUAGGAAUACACUUCUGAUUACUUUUUGUAAAGAUUUGUUCCAUGGAGUGAUUCUACGAAGCUAUCUAUGCAUCUUAGACCUUUGGAGCUGUGAUUUCGCACGGGUUGUUUUCAUUUCUCAUUGUCUUAAUCCUUUCUUCACUUGUUGUAGGUACCCACGUGCCUGGGCACCCCUAAAGAACAGGCCCUGAUGCUUUUCCAAAUCCUUCCUUUAUUUUGGGGUUCGUGUGCUGCAGUGUUUAAUUACACGGGGAUGGCUCUGAAGCAGCGGGAAAGUGCUGGUCCUCCAAUCCCACCAAACACCUUUGAACGCAAGUGUGUCUCGGCUGUUUUGAAGCCCCCCUUUUUUCAUAUGCUGGGGUGUAGGAGGUUUUCUAUCGCGUCUGCCCAUGUUGUUUUCCCAGGAAGACAUAGUUUGUAGCUCUGUGGAAGAAGCUUUGGAGGAAGUUAGCUCUGACCAUCGGAUGUGUGUUCAUUCGUAGGCUGUAACUGGUGGCUUCCAGAAUGUGGAGAAGUGUUUGUUGUGAAUUCAGGUGGGCCCUGCUGUGUGCCCUCGAUAGAGAUGUCCUUUCUACUGUGUGGGUCGCCAUUACAUAGAAAUUUUGAUUCUGAAUUUCAUAUUAAAUUAUUUGAGUGUAUACAUACCUAAAAUUUAACAUCUGUACAUGUCUUAUUUUGAUGUAAUAAGAUUUUAUAAAUAUUGUGGAUUUAAAUUUUAUUUAUGCACAUACUGAAGGGACUGGGAUGUCCAAGAAAGUAAUUGUUAAAUAAUGAUAUAUAACUUUUUAACUUUUUUAAUAAAUAACCAGAUUUUUAAAGUGUGUCCCUCAGGGUUGUUGAAAGGUUCCUUACCCCUCUUGCCCUUUGCCCCUCCCUCCCAAGUAGAAUUGAUGAUAACUGUAUGUUUUCUAUUCUCAACUACUGUCUGCUGCGAAAACAGUGCUGCAAAUAAUGUUGGCAUCAAAGUGGCCAAGCCAAGGACAAAGGCAGUGAUGCUUUUCAUGUUCCCUUUGAAACCCUUCUCUUAAAGCACUCUUUCCAAGACACUUUGAUUGGAGCAAAAGUGUUCCCAUUUUCAUUCUGUUUAGUUUUAUUUGUUUUCCCUUAUUUAUAGAAAGCUCUGAGUUGUUAAAGCAUGGUAAAUAAUAAUUUAAUACGUUUGUACGCUGUGUUCCCCAAGCCAUCAUUACAUGCAGUGUCCAGACAGGAUUAGAAUUCAGACUUUGGAAAACACUCUAGGAUUUUGUGCAUGCACUGUUGAUAUUGUAACCUAGAUUUUGUAUAUUUUGGGGGGAGGGAGGGUGGUUUUGAACACUUUUUAAAAUUCUGGAUGUUAAUUUUGUACAGUUUAUGGGCAUUUACAACUAUUUUUAAUGUACUAGAAUUUGAUAAUUAUGUGCACAUGAAAUUAAUAGAAUAAAGUUAUUUCCUGUUAGAUUGCAGAAUUCCCUGAAAACUUGGCUUAAACAAGAAAGUUGGUUUAUAUCAGAGAAAUGAUACUGCAUCUUUAUAUUUUAAAAUAUGUAUUGCUGCUCUAGAAUGGUACCCUGUUGUCAAGAAGGCAUACAUACAGAAUUGUAAAUAGCUUGCUGAGAUCUUUGGAUUAAAGCGAUUCAAGACUUAAAAAACUGAAGCGAAUAAAAUAUAUUUUCUUUUUUUUUCCUGUGA